AUGCGAGUAACGUCGCAGUCGGUGGUGCCGCGCGACAUCACCGACGAGUUCACAGAAGCUGCUUCAAAGCUGUCUACUGGGCAACUGGUCAAAGAUGAAUACUUUACGCUGUUCGAGGCGGUUGGUGCCUUGGAGAUCAUGGACUCCAAGAUGGACAGCGGGUUCCUCGGACCUGACGAAAACCAUGCGCAAGCCUUAGAGGACGACUACGACAUUACGCGGGAGCUGGCUCCGGAGGAGGUAGUGGGCAUCAUGGACGGACUCCUUUGCCAUGAGAUGGCAUGGCAUAUGGGCCACCCACUCUCCCAGACCCUCUUCACGUCUCUAUACCUCGACAGAUUGUUGUGGCCUGUGCCAGAAACGCUCGAGGAGGCCCGAUUCACUCGUGGAAGCGCAGAUGGCGCAAAUGAGGAACCAACAUUGGUGAAUCUCGUACUACGAGCGUAUUGUAUGGCUCUUGUGAAGUGCUGUGAUUACGUCCACACUCGAGUGGCUACCGAGUAUUACUAUGAGGAGGAGGACUUUGUCACUCAACUCUACAAUCGCAAUCUCCUAUCCCCGUUCGACCUAGAUCCGUUCCUCGAUUUGCUGGACCGUGCGGCUGCGUGGAUUGAGGAGCAACAAGAUGGGAUCAACGAAGAAGUGAAAGCAGCGAUCAAACUCCGGAUUGAUUUUCGACGUGACUUGCUUCUAGGAUUAUACCAGGAUAUUGAUGUCAUCCAAAAUCGGUCAAGCGAUAAUUUUCGGGCCUGUCUGUCGCGAUUAUCUGACUUGGCUCAAUCGGCAUCCAUCGGAAAGCCGGUCCCGGAAUCCUUCAGUUGGAAGGUCCAAAGAAGGCUAGCAAGCACGGUUCCUCCUCGGCCAAUGGUGAACAUAAGCCAAGAUGAUGCGCUGGCGCAUUUGAAACGGCUCUGUCAAGAUGGGAUCGAUCUUCAGGGGAUCCUUGACUACCGAGGACCCCACAAUGUCAAGGUCGCCGUCUGGACUAUGCUGUCUCGAAAGCCCCAGCCAUCGGUCUACAUCCGGUCUCUCCUCCAAACCCUGAUUGUGAACAGUGCGAUGGUCCUUGGAGUGGUCCCGGUCCGAGACUUCUUGUAUGAUGAGCUCGCGGAACUCGUACUGCCCACGAGUAUCUUGCUCCAGGCAAACACAGAUCAAACUGAGAUGCCUUCCAAUCCUCGCUUUCAGAUUGCUCAACAUAUGGAUGGAUUUGUCAAACGAUUCUCCCAGCCCUUUGUCGAUACUUUCCGCAGUGCUUGUCUCAAUCGUUGCCGAAUUCGUCGAACUGUCUGCCACACUCUCGUCGACUGGGACAAUCUGCAGAUGGAGGCGGAAGAUCUGGAUGAGCAGCUUCGCACGCUGAGCGACGAGCCGCCGCUUAUUCUAAGCAACGGCGACUCCACUUAUUCAUACCCUCUUAGCAGUUGGACCUACCACCAGAAACUGAAUCAGUUCCGCCUCAUCCUCCAGCUUGGGUUCGAACUGUCCAUCUAUUCACCUGAAGAACUGCCGGGAAUGUACUGGUAUUUGUCACAUAUCUGCUCGACGCACCUGGGGCACCUCGAUCGGAUCCGGACGUUCACCGUGGCUACGGCCAAGCGAAACCUGACGGCGUUGGCUGGGAAGAAACGCGACGCUGCGGAGCGGCAUGCGGUGCUCCAGAAAUCGCUCCGUCUUCUCGAGCGACUGAGCACGCAAAUUGUCGCCGUUGACGCCUUUGCCAUCUCCCUCCAUGCGUUGUAUGUGCUCCUGGGCCGGCACCAAAUUUUGCCGACCGCCUCCUCCCCGCAGGCCUACUCGAGCGAGCGUCUACGAUACGAGCUCCGCAUGAAACCUUUCCUCCCCAUCACGUUACCCGAACUAGUCCCGUACGACGACUACCGCCGUGAGGCCCUGCUCGAAGGAGAUAGUGACGGCGCUGUUUUGGAACGGGCGACCAAGGCGAUCACGGAAGCCCGCAAGGCCUGGGAGACCACCCUCGCCAACGGAGCCUUUGCGCCGACCUCGUCGGACCCAACCGCCUCCACGACCCCCGCAAUCGAAGAAGACUGGAAGAAAGACGUCAAGGAUACCAUGCGAGCCUGUAUCGGGACCAGCCUCGCGAUCGAAAGCCUGAAGAAGGGACUCGCGAUGCGCAACACCAGCAAAGGCUCGAGUCCCGACAGCCCGACCGUGGAUCUUCGGGUCGACAUCCCGGAGGUGGGCUCCAAAGCUCGCUUCCAUGACUGGUGGGCGGUGCCACAGAUUUCGCAGAAUACAUUACGGUCGAAGACCUGA